UUAUCGGAACCAGGAUUUGAAAGGGGAGUUGAAAAAUUGUUGAAUAUUUUUAAUCAAGAUGGCACAAUCUAAUCUGCCAAUGUUGAAGGAAUGUUGCUGUGGAUGCACUUUGAAGUCGGGUACUAUGAUGAUCGGUAUACUUUCUUUGAUUGCUUCAAUUAUAGCGUCAUACAUAACUAUUGUAUCACUGAAUGAAAUGCAGAAGAUACACCAUGCAAAUAUUCUAGACAUAGCACUAGAGAUGAUAGUAAUCACAGUACGAGUAGUUCAAGUGAUAUUCAGUAUGAUAUUGAUUGUUGCAACAUACAAGGGUCGUUCGAAAUAUGUGUGUCCAUGGUUGGUGUUAUCACUGUUGAUGGUGAUCGUUGAAUCGAUCUACCUUCUAAUGAUGGGUUUGGAACUAAUAACGGGAACGCUCAAUAAGCAGAUAUUCUCACUAAGCACGCAUAUCUCGAUCACGAUCUACUUUAUUCUGGUUGUGUUCAGUCAUUAUCGAGAGAUGCGACUCAUCGAAUCGGGAGCCCUUGAUUCAACUACUGCAGUCAACUACGAUAGCAACAAAACGAAACAACCCGAUCCUUAAAAUUGAUUAUAACAGAAGAGAAACGUCCAAUCCAAUCGUCAAUAUUAUCAUUGUAUAUCAUGUACAUUGAAUCUAGAAAUGUAGAAUCUUCUAGAUUUCUUGCAUGGAAUAAAUUAAUAAUAUUAUUGAUUAUCUACA